AAUUCACAUGUACAUUCACAUGUACAUAGGUAGCGGGCGAGCCUUCCAAACUUUGUAAAUGGCAAGUUGGGGGAAAUUACAAACUUCCAGCCAGUGCUAGAAGGGCACAAUAUUGAUAACUGUACAUGCCACAACUGGUGACCAUUACACUGAUAUUAACCCACAGUCUACAGGCAUGCAACUUUUCCUGGGAUCAGCUGAUUUCCUCGUUUUUCACUUCACACUGGUCCCGUUAGGAAUUGAAAAAUGCUGUACAAAAUGUCGGAAAUAUUGGAGCUUCCUGGUUUUUUGUUUUGUCAAAGUUGCAUGCCAGUGUCUUGUUAAGAUUUGAUGUAUCGUUACCGUGUGUAACUAGAUGCUUGCCUGCUGCAGUGGUGGCUGAUCUGCAAGAAACCAUGUGGUCAUGUGGUACUUUAACAUCGUUUUAUUAAACCCUGUUCCAUUUCAGCGGAGGCAAUAAGAAAACAAGAAAUACCGAUGUGUAGCAAGAAUCCAUGUGUGCUCUCCACAUGUGUGAGGCAUCUGGUGUUUUUGUUACGAGGACAUGUUCAUCACUGAUUGGUUGCAUUUCUCCUGUAUUCUUGGUCACUCCCGCCAGGUUCCAGCGUCAUGUGACCAACAUCAACGAGCGAGGCUUCAUUUGGACCCAGUUCGAGUCCUUCAGACAUGUGACUGAGAUGGACCUGUCUGAGAGCGGUCAGAAGAUUCGUAGCAUCCCAAAUGCUGGGGGGAACUCUGUGGACUCGGAGGUGCUGAGCUUUGAGCUUAUGCAUCGCUGCUUCGGAGCCCAGCUGCUGAAGACGGAAAUGGAGGUUGUCUAUUACCCGGAAGGCGGAUCCAUCACAGACUACACUUGUCUAAUGUUUGGCACCAGACUGGGCGUGUCCGUCACCAGGGCCAUGAAGUUCAAGGGGGAGUUUGAGCUGGAGGAUGCCGAGAAACUGCUGCAGAAAAAGCUGAGUGGUGUCGUAAAUUCCUCCCGGAACUCGCUGGAGUGCUGGAGCAAGCAGAUUCUGCACAUCUGGGCCACCAACCACAGCGUAGCCAAUCAGAUGGCCCGGGCCUACUCCCGAAUGCCCCGAGACCUCACCACCAACACCGUGGUCCUGGUCACCGUGGUAACCACCAAUGCUGACCGAGCUAUCAUCUUCGGAUGAGAUCAAAACUUGCCAAUGUUUUAUAUAUCACUCGCUGGUACAUGUAGUCAGAGUUUUUAUUCCUCCAUACGUAUGCAAGAGCUGUGAUCUAUUUAAUGCAUGGAGGAAUUAUAACAAAGCCAUUUUUAGGAAUUGUAACUGAAAUCACCCUUUAUAUGUUUAUAUUUUCUUCUAACAGAUUUAGGUUUGGAUUUGGAAUAUGUUAACUCUCAUAGCUACUUUUCAAAAAACCUUUUUAUAUCAGUUGAAUAACCAGGAUUCCAACUAUAAGUCGCCACCAUCACUAAGUGGCAACUUCUUCACAAAUUAGGGUUAGUCUUGAAAAACAAGACAAUUGACUGCAAAAAUCACCUGUAAGCCUAGAAUUCAGGCGCUUGAAAUUGAGGAGUUAGGACCCAGAAAAACUGCCUAUGCAUGUACCGGUACAAGUACAUUUGUAACCACUGAAAGUUCUCCCACCACACCUCCGAGGCUAAAAUCACCUGUAAGCCUAGAAUUCAGGCGCUUGAAAUUGGGGAGUUAGGACCCAGAAAAACUGCCUAUGCAUGUACCGGUACAAGUACAUUUGUAACAACUGAAAGUUCUCCCACCUCACCUCCGAGGCUGAAUUUUACCACCCCCAGUUUAUUUGCAAAAUGAGUAUUUCCCCAAAUGAUAUAAAAAUGCAGCUGUAGUGUAUGAAAAUGAAUGAUAUAUUUAUGUUAAUAUAAAUAUUUUAGGAAUAUAUGCAAAUGUACAUGAAAAUAUAAUUAGAAAGAUAUCAUAUUUGCAUGCAGAGAACAUUUUAAUUUAGUGGAAAUUCUUUAAUCUGCUUUUAUAUAAUACAAUAUAUUUUAUAAUGUAUGCAAAUGUAAAUAUGAAUGAAGAGAUGUGAUGUUAUUAAGCAACUGCACUUUUAAAUUUUGUUUUCUUUAAUCUGCUUCAAACAUUACACAUAAAAAUCCAUUGGUUCACAUGAAAUUUACAAAUUAUUUGCUGAAAAAAUACUGUACAGAUAUAAAGGCAUUUUGGUGACAAUUAACAUAAUUCCUACUUGAUUAACUGGUUUUUUUGAAACCUCAUAAUUCUUCAUAAUUUCUGGCUUUUUAACAAGAUAAUGAAAGAUUCCAAAUAGCAGUCUUUAUGAAAGUUACUCCUGCACUUGCAUUUGAAUGGUUAACCUAAAAACCUUUUACUGCAUGAGAGGAAAACAAAAAUUCAAAAGUGAUCAACAAUGGCCUAGACUGUCAACAUUCCCACAGAAUAUAAACCAAGACUUGUUCUUACUAUUUUGGAUAAUUUCACCUACAGUAUGUUCAGUUGAAAAGAAGUACUGCUCGUAUAUAGUCGUUUUCUCUUGAAUUCAGUCUUAGUAAUGUACAAUGACAGCAUAUUACUUUUGUAAUCUGAGGAGUUAAUUAAAAUGUCAUGGUGUAGAUUUUAUCUACAUGUAAGGAUAAGCUAA